AUGGUGCAAAGCGGUUCUCUCCCCCAAAUCAGAGUAUCUCCAACCAACAACAUCACCUUCCCAUUGCCAACGCCAGAAGCUCUACCGAUCACCACUCCUCUCACUAAGGAAGCUUACAGCACGCUUAACCUUUUCUUCCACACAGCACUUCACGCCCUCCUCGCCAGAAGAUCUUCAAAGCAAAACUCUUGUUUGCGACUUGUUUGGUACACUCGGCGUCCAAUGGACAGAACAGAACAUCAACAACCGCUCACGCCGAUGCCGAUGCCGCUACCGCUGCCGCUGCCGCUGCCGCUGCCGCUCACGGCCCCAACCACGGCACUGUCUGUCUCUACGCCCAGCCGCAGCCGUCCUAGAGAGCCGUCCACCGAGCCCCCCAAGCUCGGCAACAACACCAACAGACUAAAAGCCAGCUUCUCAGAGCUCAGCUCAGCCAUCACAGACAGCACAACGGCCACUACGGCUCUCAGAACAUCGGCUGCAGUCAUUAGGUCCGAGGUUGAGAACCUUGGAACUGCCGCGACGCAAUUUUCAGAUGGUAUCGAGAAGCUGAAGGCACAUAUCGUAAAGAUUGCAUGUUUACUGAGCUCACGUGAGUGCCUUUGA